UCUAAGUUUUGUCCCCAACGCAAAGUAAAUCCAGAAACCGCUUGAAAUAAGUUUUACAAAGGAAUGUUUAGGGAAGGUAACUAACGACGCUACGAUUGUGACGUCACUGAUGCGCAUUCUAAAAUCAGGGUUGAUAUUGUGACGUAAUUUAGAGUUGAAUAGUCAUAAUUAGCAUUAUAUGACGUCACAGUAGUAUGUCCAUAUUCAAAAAGCGCGAUUCGUCGCCGUUGCGUCACAUAGGGAUGGCUUUAGUUCCCCCAGCAGCAUUCACAGCCGUACCCCAAAGCCCACCACCAACGCCAACAACUAAGAAGAGGGGAAAAAAGAAUAAAAUAUUGCAGUCGCCUGUGGUACCUGCUAUAAUGGCUGCCAAUAUUACAGCACAAGCCGUCGCCAUGGGCAACCAAUCAGUUGAAGAACUUGGAUUGGAUUAUGACAUCAUCAUGGAUGAUUAUGAUGAUGAAACAUACGCGCAAGUCACGCAUCAACGACCAUCGACAAGUUACCACGACAAUGAUGAUGCAUAUUAUGAUGACACAGUUGAAGUCGAAGAUCUCUAUGCCAAACCCUACAAGCGACGAAUAAACGAAACAAGAAACAAACUUUUACGGAAGUCCAAGAAAUUAGAUCCUCACUCCCAAUAUUCAUCCGCACGCAAUGGGUUAUUGGGGGAUUCACCUGAAACUAGCCUUAAAUUUGUGGGAAACUCUCCAGAAAUCCAUGGGAAUUCCCCUACCAGCCCCUAUAGCAUUCAAGAGAAUUCCCCAGCCGGUACUUCCCCUAAUACCCUGAGAAUUUCCCCACCCACCCCGAUGAGUUGGAACGAUUGAAAUUAAAGGAAAACGAAACGAGGGAAAUAAUGUUUGGGUUGAUGGCCGACAAUCGGAGGUUAAAAAGUGGCACCGAAGCGAAACAGAAACUAACCGACCACGACAAUAUUCCCAAUGCAAAUAUUUCCGGCGAAAA